GAGUCGAGUACAAGCUCUGCCAUGAGAUACUUGAUAUCGCAUUACCUUCGAAAUUCGCCCGAGUGUCAAUUAUACCACUUGGUGAAGGAACUCGAGUCUUAGUUUCGUGCCCCGAUGGCUUCUGCGCGGCAACGUACAACUCUUCCUUCCUAGUCAACGUCCACGAAGAAGACCAUCUUCGAGAUAUAAUAUCAACUUCACCCUGAUGAUUCCGCAAAGACUGUCUUGAACCAACAUCCGGUGGUACAAUUUCACGUCCAGGAGUAAUUAUUUCGCUGCUUCCCCUUUUCCAAUAGCAUUGGAGCAAAACGGGCAACAACAUAAAAUGCCGCCAAUGCAGAAGCAGCACAUUCAAUCAUUUUCAAAUGCCAAUGUCCUGUACUUCUUGUUUGCGUUUCGAAUAUGCAAUGCGCUCCUUAUCCGUACCUUCUUCCAACCGGAUGAAUACUUCCAGUCCUUGGAGCCUGCAUGGGACAUAGCCUUUGGACGUUCCAGUGGUGCAUGGAUAACCUGGGAAUGGCGAGAGCGACUGAGGUCUUCGCUACACCCCUUUCUCUUCGCAGCUGUCUAUCGUGUGACGGCAUUUGUUGCCCAGUCUCUGAACCUGGAAGCCACGACCAAGGCAGAACUAUUUCUAGCAACUCCAAAAGUGUCACAGGCGUGCUUCGCAGCAACUACUGACUACUUCAUCUGGAAAUUGGCCACAAAGGCUCACGGCAAGAAUUCGCAGGCUUCUUCGGCCGCGCUUUUCCUUACUGUCUUCAGUCCGUGGCAAUGGUUCUGCUCGACGAGGACGCUUUCUAACUCUCUGGAGACUACAUUGACUACAGUCGCUCUUUGGCUCUGGCCUCUGCGCAAUGAUCCAAAAAAGCCGGGUUCCAAUGCCAGGAGCCUCCGAGCAGCGCUUGGGCUGGCUGCUACAGCCACAGUGUUGAGACCGACAAAUGCGAUCAUCUGGAUUGUCAUGGCAUUGUAUACAGCAGCACCUGGUGCAGACAUCAAUCCAACACGAGCACUUUGGACACUUGCUGUGGAGUGUCGAGAAGCUGUGAUUUCAGGUCUCUCAGUGAUUGCCAUCUCACUCGCCUCCGAUCGUCUCCACUACGGAGACUGGACGUUCCCCCCCCUUCGUUUUAUCCACUUCAACGUGGUACAAUCUCUUGCCGUGUUCUAUGGUCGGAACCGACCCGACUACUACCUGACAGAGGGACUACCCUUGCUUCUGACCACAACAUUACCAUUUGCGGCUUGGGGCUGUUGGGUCGCCUUCUCGAAUGCUACAUAUAGCGCAGACUGUCAGAAAGUCACACGGCCGCUAGCGAUCUCAGCCUUUGUGUUUGUCACAGUCAUGAGUCUGAUUGCUCAUAAGGAAGUCAGAUUCAUCUAUCCUCUGCUGCCAGGACUACUGGUUUUGGCAGCAGGUCCCUUCGCGCAGUUUUUCUCGCCACUGCCCUUUCCCAGAACUGUUCUGAAGAAAACGCUUCUUGGCUCCUUUGUCGCUGUCAACAUGACUCUGGCCUUUUACAUCAGCCAAGUUCAUCAGAGAGGUGUCAUCGACGUACUGCAUCAUCUUCGACGCCAGCAUGAGCUUGGAGGAGCAUCCGAUACCACGGUCAUGUUCAUGAUGCCUUGUCACAGCACCCCAUGGAGAAGUCACUUGGUACACCCGAAUAUUGACGCUCGAGCAUUGACAUGCGAACCUCCACUUGAUGUUCCCGUUGAGGCACGAGCAUCCUACAUGGAUGAGGCGGAUCAGUUCUAUGCAGACCCGAUCGUUUGGAUGCACGAAAAUAUGGAAGACAAGACAUCAUUGAGGGCACGAACUUUGGACGCACAGAUCGAUAUACACCAAGAACGAGCACAGUGGCCUGAAUAUUUGGUUUUCUUUGAACAAUUGGAGCCUACCAUGACUGAGCUUUUGUCCAAGACUGCGUACGAAGAGUGCUGGAGAGGAUUCAAUACGCACUGGCAUGACGAUCACCGGCGCCAUGGAGACGUUUUGGUCUGGUGUCUGAGCAAGGAUAAGUAGAAUAUUUACAUGGUCGACCCAAAGUGGUGUGGAAAAUGCUU